GAUCAUCUGAUAAUGCUUUGACCACACUAAGGACCUGUCUUUGUCCCUCCUCUUAAUAUAUUUGGAGCUCAAACUAAAUAUUGCUGCCCGGGGGCCUCCUUCCAGCCUUGCAUUUCAGCUCAUCAUCUUCAGCUGCCUUGGUCAUGGCUCUACUAUUCUCCUUGAUCCUUGCCAUUUGCACCAGACCUGCAUUCCUAGCGUCUCCAUCUGGAGUGCGGUUGGUGGGGGGCCUCCACCGCUGUGAAGGGCGGGUGGAGGUGAAACAGAAUGGCCAGUGGGGCACCGUGUGUGAUGAUGGCUGGGACAUUAAGGAUGUGGCUGUAGUAUGCCGGGAGCUGGGCUGUGGAGCUGCCAACGGAACCCCCAGUGGUAUUUUAUAUGAGCCACCAGCAGAAAACGAGCAAAAGGUCUUCAUCCAAGAGGUCGGUUGCACAGGAACAGAAGAUACACUGGCUCAAUGUGAGCAAGAAGAAGCUUACAAUUGUUUACAUAAUGAAGAUGCUGGGGCAUUGUGUGAGAACCCAGAGAGCCCUUUCUCCCCAGUCCCAGAGAAUGUCAGGCUGGCUGAUGGCCCUGGGCAUUGCAAGGGACGCGUGGAAGUGAAGUACCAGAACCAGUGGUAUAGUGUGUGCCAGACAGCCUGGAGCCUCCGGGCCGCAAAGGUGGUGUGCCGGCAGCUGGGAUGUGGGAGGGCUGUACUGACUCAAAAACGCUGCAACAAGCCUGCCCAGGGCCAAAGAUCCAUGUGGCUGAGCCAGAUGUCAUGCUCAGGACGAGAAGCAACCCUUCAGGAUUGCCCUUCUGGGUCUUGGGGGAAGAGCACCUGCAUCCAUGAUGAAGACACGUGGGUCGAAUGUGAAGAUCCCUUUGACUUGAGACUAGUAGGAGGAGACAAGCUCUGCUCUGGGCGACUGGAGGUGCUGCACAAGGGUGUAUGGGGCUCUGUCUGUGAUGAUAAUUGGGGAGAAAAGGAGGACCAGGUGGUAUGCAAGCAACUGGGCUGUGGAAAGUCCCUCUCUCCGUCCUUCAAAGACCGGAAAAGCUAUGGCCCUGGGGUUGGCCGCAUCUGGCUGGAUGAUGUUCAUUGCUCGGGAGAGGAGCAGUCCCUGGAGCAGUGCCAGCACAGAUUUUGGGGAUAUCACGACUGCACCCACCAGGAAGAUGUGGCUGUCAUCUGCUCAGGAUAGUAUCCUGGUGUUCUUGAUGCUUGACCUGGCCCCACUAGCCCUACCUGCCCUCUGCUUGUUCUCCUGAGCCCUGAUUAUCCUUGUACUCAUUCUGGGGUUCAGGCUUGAGCCACUACUCCCUCAUCCCCUCAGGAGUCUGAAUACUGGGCUUAUGCCUUGCUCUCAGGGACAAGCAGCUCCCAUUGCUGCCUGUAGAUGUGAGCUGUUGAGUUCCCUCUUGCUGGGGAAGAUGAGCUUCCACGUGUCCUGCGCUCACCUCUGACCACUUGACGUUGGUUCUGGCCUUUCAUGCCUCUUCCCAAGCUUCCUGGAAUCAUCAGACCUGCCACUUUGACCGAAUGUGCAGACCAUUUUUAAGGCAAGAUCUAUGUCUGCAAACAACAUUAAAGGAAUGAAACAAUGAAAGGAACAUUUGAAGGAAAAUGUGGGUAGACAUUUUCUUGAAACUUGGGGAAAAGCUUAGAAUUCUUGUGAUUGAACUACUUUUUGUCUCCUCAAGCUUCAGGUGAUCAUAAUAGUAACACCCUACUAUUCUGUUAUUUCUUAGUGUAAGUAGACAAUUCUUUCAGGAGCAGAGCAGUGUCCUAUAAUCCUAGACCUUUUCAUGACAUUUAAAAAACGAUGUUUCAUCCUCUGAUUUCCCCAGUAAAAAUCUUUGUUGUCCAUCCCUGUACAACCUGCCAACAUGGUUGACGUUUAACGAGAGGGAUGUCAAAGAUACAUUUUACUUUAUUCAAAGAAAAAUAAUUGGUUACUGGUAAAAGGUCAAGAAAGAGGCAGAAAGAGGUCAGGGAGGGAUAAAGUUGUGUCUUAUGCCAAGCGAAAGUGAAUUAACUGAGUCUUUGGGGCCUGUAAGCUUGAGGCAAGGCAGAAAUAAGAGAAUCAAGACUUGAUUGUAAAAAUUGACAACUUUAGACUCUGAGGCUAGACUGAGUACUUAUUAUAUGGCUACAUUUACACAUUUACACUUAUAUAAUAAAUCAGAUUUCACAGUCUCAACAGUUGCUUCUCUGUGUGAUAUGCUCUUUCUGCACACGGAGAAGCAGCUGUGUCAGAUUCUCCAUGGCAGUCUCCCAUACAGGGUUAAGUAGAAGAGAACUUUCCAGCAAAUACAACUAUAUGUGUAAAAAGCUGUCCUCUGGGUGUGGAACAGUCUCCCGGUCUAUUUCUGCUCCAGCCUGUGUUCCCAAAGUCAAUUCUGCUGCCCCUGCACUUCAGGCUAACACAUGUCUGAUAAGCCAACUCUGAUGCCGUGCCUGUAUCCGACAUUUUUUUGCUUUUUCUUCUAACCAGUGCGUUUAUGUUUCUAACCCAGAAUCACACUGGUCUCUGGCUCCUUACUCAAUUAAUUCUGUCAAAACAGCUCAACAGUCAAGGAAAGACAGAGAGUGGGAGGAGGGGUGCAGUGGGACGGGAGGCGAAUGGGAGGGAGAGAGCCCAACACUUGGCUGGGAGUCCGGAGGCAAAACUGUGAUUCCCUAAGUCACUACCUGUCCUAGAGGAUUCAUUCUUAAGGCACUAGAUUUUAACGAAGGAUGAAAAACACUGACGAGAGAAUGAAUCUCUGACAUUGUGAAGCUGAAAUGGUGGAAUAACUGGGUUCUCUGAAAAAAGAGUCCCUAAGGAAAUGCAUGGAACUGAUACUAUUUGCUGACAGACUUGUCCACUCAUUAGGUUCAGGGCAUGCUUGUCAUGUUUACCCUCAUUAUGCAGAUAUGAAAUGUGAGACAGAUUGCUUACAGAAAGAGCUAGACUCUUGAAUACUGGCUAUGGGAUCCCAUGACUGCUAAUGACACUGGAGUGUGUUUCUGCAUCCUAACCCGCGGUUCCAUUGUAGUUCAAUUUGUUUAAUAAAUAUUUAAAAACUAGCAGAGAAAAAUAGGUAGAGAAACCUAGCUUCAGAGAAGGGAAGAAAAUGCUUUAGCACAUGGAUCAGAGAAUCAGAGGAAGCCCUUCCACAGAGAUACAUGAGUAAGAAUGAAACAGAUGCUCAGAGGGGAACAUAGAUGAAACACACAGAAAACCCAGAAAGUAUUUUUGGUUUCUCAUUCUUGUCUCUUCCUGGGGUCAAAUGGCAUUCCUGGCCUUGAGUUCUGCGACAAACUUCUGUAUUGUACAUAAUAAUUUUUUUUGAAGUUUUUGAUUGACUUAUGUUGGUUUUUGUACUUCCAACCAAAAGAACCCCAGAUAACAUAUUUAUUUUAAAUUCAUAAAAUGAUAAUUCAUUAAUUUUUUGUAAGGGUGAGUAGCUAAACCCAGUUAUUACUAAUGAAUACACUCUCAUUGCAUUUGUAAAAUCAUGUUUAUGGAUCUGAAAAGAUAAGGACCAGGGGCUAUAAACACAGGCCUAUUUCUAUUUCUAUUACUCCAAGAUAUUACUUUUGUGUGGACCUGGUUGUAUAAAUGCCCAAUAAUUCUUUUACAAAGGUGACAUUUAAAGCUCAUGGCCUCCACAUUAAAACACAGAUCAAUUAAAGGUCUAGUGAAGGUGGUUUAUAGAAGAUAGGCAAAUCAGAACUGACAGCGAGUCAUGCUUCCUGUUUCCUCUGUUGGAAAAGCCCUCUUCAACUUUGUUACCUGAUGAACUUUCAAUUAUUCUCAAUGUCUCAUUUCUCUGUUAAAAUGUAAUUUAAAUCAGGUUAUAAUCCUGCUAAAGGGCCUUUGAGAGCUUCUUAUUGCACACGAGUUAAAUGUAAGCUUCUUACUUUGACUUAAAUGCCUGUGCAUGAUCUGGUCCCUGCCUACUCCUUCAACCUCAUCUCAUGUUACUGUUGUCCUCUAACAACACAUUCCCUCCACAUGGGCUUUCUCUCCUUUCCUCUAACACAUCAGAUUUACUAAAUUGUGGUAAGUCUUCCAGAGGAGCAGAUUUUUUGGAGAGGAGCUAUCAGAAGCUCUGUUUAGACAUGUUAAGUCUAAUACCUAUUAGAUCUCCAUGUGGAGAUAAAAGUUUAGAGGAGUGGUCUGGGCUUGGAUACAUAACCUGGGAAACCAUUGCGCAUGCAUAGUAUUCAAAGCCAUUAGACUAAAGGAUUUCAGUCCCAAGAAAAUGAGUGAGACAGAAAAAGAGAGGAGAUCCAAGAACAGAGCCUCAGAGAACCAACAUUUAAUCCAACUUUAGCUUGGAUUCCCUUGAAACAAGGAUUUAGGUGCAGAUUUUUUAUUAGGUCAUAAUUUCAGGAAACACUUAUGAGAGACUGAGGAAGGUUAGUAGGAAAGAAAUAAAAUUCAAUAAAGCGAGCAUUAAUAAGUUGGUUACUGCUAGGGGCAACCGAGUCUCCAUCUCACUGGGGGUCUUCUGAGGCACUGUGUAAAAAUUAUUUCAAAAUAUUCUCAUCAAGGAAUGAGUAAGCUGAAGUAUUUAUCUACCAAAUCUCAUAUCCCAUUGAUUGAGAGUUGCUCCUGUUGGUGUUAAACCUUGUGUAUGGGCUGAGUGAACUCCUGAGUAACAGUGAAAAUUACAGGUAGAAAAGCUAAGACACAUGGACACUUGAGUGGGGAAGCUGUCAGCAUGCAUAAGACCUGUCCAUCACAGGUGUAGAAGACAGUGAAGUAGGAGUAAGCAUGAGACUGGUAUAUUUAAACCAAAUGAAGAAAGUGUUUCAAGAAGGAGAUAUGUAUCGACUGCGUUGUUGGACCAAGUAAGAUGAAUUGACUAUUAGGUUUUGCACCAUGGAGUCUACAUUUUCUAGAUGCACCCUAGAGGUACUCCCCUCUGAGGUCCCACUGUCUUCCUAGGGCAUUGCAAGGAAGUGAGACUUCAGUUGUUGCUCCACAUAGAACCCAGAACCACUCAAUCACUCCUCCUCCACUUACUCUUCAUUUCUUCCCUUCCUCCAUCAAAGGUUAAUUUGAGUUAUACUGGGAAAUGGUUGAAGCAGAAGCCAAAUAUAAACCUUCUUCUGGGUUCUAGAAAAAAAUGGAACAUGAGGAAGAGCUAAUAAAGUUGCAAUGAUAAUAAACUAGAAGGGAUAAUAGCACUUUUAACUACUCUACUAUGGGAAUUUGCAACUAAGUUAUGAUUGCCUCUGGACCCCACCUUAUGCUGCCUAUCCAGAUACCUCUGGUUGGGCCCUGUCUUGGUUAUUUUUCUCCUCCUUAAUACUUUCCCUGAAACUACCUGUGAUGAAUACUUUCCCUGAAACUACCUGUAUGUUCAUUUCAUGGAGUCAUGGGGUGUCCAUAUAUUUGGUUAAACAUUAUUUUUAGGUGUGUCUGUGAAGAUGUUUCCAGAUGAGUUAGCAUUUGUAUCAGUAGACUGAGUAAAGCAUGUUGCAUUUCCCAGUGUAGGUCAGCAUCAUUUAAUCUGUUGAGUGCCUGAAUAGAAGAAAAACACAGAAAAAGGGAGCAUUUACUGUCUGCACGACUGCAUGAGAUGAACAUUGAUCUUCUUCUGCCCUUGGACUGGAACUUAUACUUGGUGCCCCUGAUUCUCAGGCCUUCACAGUUGGAUCAGAACUUACAACAUCAAGUCUAGUUCUCGGGCCGUCAGACGUAGUCUGGAACUACACCACCACCUUUCUUGUGUCUCCACAUUGCACACAGCAGAUUCCCAGCCUCCAUAAUUGUGUGUACCAAUGUUAAAUAAAUUGUAACACACACACACACACACACCCCAUUUGUUCUGUUUCUGUGAAGAACUCUGACAAAAUACAGAUUUUGGUACUGAAAGAGAUUCUAGAGGAACAGAAUUUUAAGGAUAAAUUUUCUGAAUUGGUUAUGGGGUUUCUAAAAUUGGCUCUAUGAUCUGAUUAGAUAUAAAAAUCCUGGUAACUUUAUUUACAAUAAUAAAGAUAGCACUGUUUGUUCA